UUCCAAACUCACAAACCAAAUGUUUCACAAUACAAUUUUUUUUUCUUAAAAAAAAAAAUCAAACAAUAAUAAAUGAAGCCGCCGCCGUCUUCUUCCCCUUCUUCCGGCGGCGGCGCCGCCGCGUCCCUCCUCCGCAAGGGGCGGCUCUCCCCCUACCUCUUCACCCUCCUCGUCUUCAUCUUCUUCGUCGCCAUUCUUUACGGCGAGGACUUCUCCUGCAUUCUCAACGGCCAGUUCGAUUAUCUCCGCCUCUCACCGUCGCAAUUGACGGUGACCUUCUCGUCGCCGGCGACGGCCAAGAAGAAGUCGGCGGCGGCGGCGCUGCCGUUCGCGGUGGGGACGACGGCGGAGAAGAAAUGCGAUGUGUUUAGUGGGCGGUGGGUGUGGGACGAGGCGCGGCGGCCGCUUUACGAGGAGUCUGAGUGUCCGUACAUCCAGCCGCAGCUGACGUGUCAGGCGCACGGCCGCCCCGACAAGGACUACCAGCACUGGCGGUGGCAGCCUAACCGCUGCUCUCUUCCCAGUUUCAAUGCAACGAUGAUGUUGGAAGCCCUUCGAGACAAGAGGAUGAUGUUUGUCGGUGAUUCACUAAACCGCGGUCAAUUCGUGUCGAUGAUUUGUCUUCUCCAUAAACAAAUCCCUAACAACUCAAAAUCCAUGGAAACUAACGGUUCACUAACUGUCUUCACUGCUAAGGAUUACAAUGCGACGAUUGAGUUCUACUGGGCACCUUUCCUUCUGGAAUCCAAUUCUGACGACGCUGUAAUACACCGAAUAAGUGAUCGAAUGGUCCGGAAGGGGUCGAUCAACAAGCACGGGAAACAUUGGAAAGGAGUCGAUAUAAUGGUCUUUAAUACAUAUUUAUGGUGGAUGACGGGCCUCGAGUUCAAGAUCUUGCAAAAUUCUUUCGACGACGAGGAGAAACACAUAAUAAGCGUGUCGACCGAAGACGCGUACCAAAUGGCCAUGAAAAGCAUGUUGCGAUGGGUAAAGAAAAACAUGGAUCCAAACAAGACGAGAGUGUUCUUCACUAGCAUGUCGCCGUCACACGGAAAGAGUAUCGAUUGGGGAGGCGAUCCAAAAGGAAAUUGCUACAACGAGACAACAUUAAUACAAGACCCAUCAUACUGGGGAUCAGAUUCGCGAAAAAGCAUAAUGCGUGUAAUAGACAAAGUGUUUGGAAAAUCCCGAGUUCCCAUAACAUUUCUUAACAUCACACAACUAUCGAGCUAUCGAAAAGACGCGCACACCUCGAUAUACAAGAAGCAAUGGAACCCUUUAACCCCCGAGCAAAUUGCGAAUCCAACGAGCUACGCGGAUUGCGUGCAUUGGUGCUUGCCGGGCUUACAAGAUACGUGGAACGAGCUCUUGUUCGCAAAGCUUUUCUAUCCUUAAGAGUUUCGAAAAAAUGUAUAUUUUUAUUCGUUGUCACUGAGGUGAUCGUUAAUCGAUUUUGUUGUUCGAUUGUAGUGAUUUUUUUGGACAAGAAAUUCUCUAAGUUUGGGAAUGUGUAUGUAACAAUGCUAAUUUUUUACAAUUGUUAAAACAAAUGUAGUGAAGAUUUAACGAAAUAGGUUGUCAAUUAGUGAGUUUGGAUUGUGUCUGUGUG